AUGUCUUACUUGACAAGAGAUCAACUCAAUGAAUACUUGAAAACACUUAGUAUUAAUGCGCCAAAGAAGUUAAAUGCACAAGUAUCCCCUCAAGUAGACAUAAAUGCUCAACCUAAACGGCAUUCUCUGCCUGGCUUAAAUUUGCGUGAAGUCGUAAAGGAGAUUGUAGUCACUGAUAGGCAAUUGGGU